CUACAUCGCGACCCUAGGUACAAUGGUGGUCGCAUGCUUCCAGCUAGCUUCGACAAGCAGCGUCACAUACCCACAGACUUUCCUCAUGGACUGACAAUACACUUCCACAAUAGAGUACCUCUUGGGCAACGCAGGGCCAUGCACCUGGCGAUAGUCAACCACGCUUCCAAGUACCUACCUGACGCCACUCAUGCCCAUUCCAACGGAGCCAAAGACCCACGCACUAGUUCAUUUUGAACCUUCCAAUCCAUCAGGCUAUACAAGCACAGGCAGAUUUUACAGCGGCCGAACCCACGUCUACAUGCAAGAAGGCACGAAGUACAAGAGCUUGAAGAAGCACAUAGGUUGGGUUCACGCUCAGGACCCGGGCGAAGACGCGCUCAUCGGGACGACUCGUGAUGUGCAUGCUAUGAUGCAAGAGAGCAAGCGACAGCGCAGGAUUUCGACAUCCUCGCAUGACUCCGAUUCUUCUUUACGCUCUCAUCCUCUUGAGCCAAAGAAGACGCCAGAAGACAUACCAGUUGCAUCGCCUUCGAGUCAUUUUAUGCCGCCGCCUUCACGCUCCGCUGUUGCCUCUAACACACUUCCAUCGUCAGUAGAACAGGCCAAGUCGGGCUCGGCAUCUUCUAUCAUGCCUCCUUCAGCACAUACCUCUUCGCCAGAGCGCAAUGUGCUCGGAGGUUGGCCUAGCUCGCCUCAGCACAGUCCAGCUUCGCAAGACUUUUGGAACGCGCUCCUGGACUCGCCCACUCACAAUGAUCGCUAUCUUUAGGCGACUCGGGGUGACGCCACUCGCUCGCUUCGAUCAGCGUUGGCAACUCAGCUACAAGACGCUAACCCUGCCUUCGAUGCGCAUUGAGUACACACUUAUGACUACCGAGUCCUCGCUUGCUCACCGUCAUUCGGACAAAGCAAU